AUGAGCUCACUCUUCCCGCGAGCAUCUGCUACGCGCCGAAGCGUCGUGGUCGCGACGACACUCGGUACCUGCGUCGUCUGCCAGCAAGAGGCACAUACAUCGGUCGCCUGGCGCCACGCGUGCAGCUCGACGUGCUGCGUCAAGUGCCUGCAGUUCUACGUCGCGCUCAAGGUGUCGCAAGGGCUCGUCCAGUCGUCGCAGCUGACGUGUCCGGAUCCCCGAUGUCUCACGCCACUCGACCACGCCGAGGUCCAAGCCUGCACCUCGGACGAGGUUUUCGCCCUCUACCAACGCACGCUGCGGCAGGAGACGCCACUGCCUGGAAAGGCCAAAUCGCAUUUCUUCCAGCGAAAAAAGGCCCUGUCGUCGGCGACGAGCUCGGCGGCUGCUUCGAACAUGGCUCUGCCACAUUUCAAAGACGGCGACGACCAAGUUUCUACAUUGCGAACGCUGCACGAUCCACUAUUGCAUCGAAUGUCUUCACGACUGGACGCCCCGGCACCGCUGCUGGCGCAAGUGGGCGCGGCGACUCGGUUUCCGCAGUACUACCAAGGCCCACUGAAUCUGUAA